CGUUUGGACUGUCCCGCGUUUCACCGAGUACGACGACAGAAUGCAGUUAACAACGUAGCAGCGGAAGCUGUUUCGACCUUAAUCAUGGAUUCACCUAUCUGUCACUGAGCUGUGGAUUUGUUUUUCUCAUAGUUGCUAUGUAUUGCGUGACUAUCUAUCAGAUCCAUAAUCACCGUCGGAAAAUGUGAUAUAGAGACUGGAGACAGUGCAGCGUUGAGCUCGGUAGCCUGCCUACCUUCCUUAUCUACUCGAGUUGCGUACUGGGGCUAGGCUAUAUGCUCGGUCUGUCCGUACGUCCGUGUGCCUCUUUCGGUGACUGGGAUAUAGUUGAACGGCACUACUCGACUAUUGUUGGAUAAAUGACUUAUGAAAGUCUCUUCGAGUUCAGUGGACAGAGCCAGCGGCUGUAUGGGAAAUGAAUGUGCCCGGGAAACAGCAACCUGAACUGUUAGAGCGACCAGCCAGCCUCUUGGUUCCAACUUGGACAAAAGAAGGAAUUGCCCUGCUGUAUAACAAGGAGACCAGUAAUACUUAUGAUGUUCGCCUGAAGCUGACAAGAGAGGUGUUGACCAUACAGAAGCUGGAUGUGGUUUGCACGAGAGGGGGUGACCCACAAUUAAAUCACAGAACUGUCGUUCUCCGAAGGCAGGCUGCUGGAGGUCUGGGUAUAAGCAUCAAAGGGGGUGCUGAGCAUAAAGUGCCUGUGGUCAUUUCAAAGAUGUUUAAAGAUCAAGUAGCAUACCAAACCGGAAAGCUAUUCGUUGGAGACGCCGUGUUACAGAUCAACGGUAUCAAUGUCGAAAACUGUAGUCAUGAAGAAGUUGUUCAUCUCCUGCGGACUGCUGGGGAGGAGGUCACCAUCACUGUGCGGUACCUCAGGGAAGUUCCAUCAUUUCUAAAGCUCCCAUUGGGCUCUCCUGUACCAUCCGCUGGUCAAAGAGUCUCUUCUCCGCUAUUUGACAGUGGUUUACAUUUAAAUGGGAAUUCUAGCAACACAGCUCCAUCCUCGCCCUCCAAACCCUCGGCUAUUGAACCAAAGUACGAGAAGCGCUGGCUGGAUGCAGUGACCCUACCCUUGUUGAUGGCCCGAGUCUCCAGAUACAAAGCCGUAACGGCUAAAUUGAGGUCGAACAGCUUUGAAGUCUGCGCCUUAGAUGGAACGAGCACCAAUGUUCUACAAUUUUGCACUGCGGCAGAAAGCAUUGACUGGCUUCAAGCAAUAUCAACCAAUAUCAGUGAUUUGACACUGGAGAAUAUGAAAAUGAUUAACAGAUAUUGCUCUCCGGAUGAUCAGAUUGUCCACAUGGCUUGGGUGUGUGAAAACCCUCAAGCUAAUGAUGCUGGUCCAUCAAGUACCUUCAAGUUCCUGGCAUUGAGAGGCCCUUCGCUCUACAUCUUCAGGAGUCCUCCCGUUAGUGGAACAGACUGGGGACAAGCUGAAACUAUGUAUACCCUCUAUGAGGUUCUGUUAAAGGUUCACAAGCUAUGUGUGACGGAGGACUGUUGGAUCCAGGCCAAGUUCUACCUUGGUCUCCAGCAGGAUGAGGAUCUGCAGGAUGGAGAGCCUUUCUGUUUCAGUAUCCUGGUCGGCCACGGCCAGAGUCACACCUUCAGUGUGGAGAUGACCUCUGACCUCGCCGUGUGGGAGAAGUCCUUCCAAAGAGCCGUCUUCAUGGAGGUGCAGAGAGUAGGGUCAAAGACCUACAUGUGCAGCAGCCAGAGUAAAGUACUGUGUUUGACCAUAGACUUUGGAUCUGGCUUCACUUGUUCUGAGAGUUCCUCGAAGAGUAUAUUAUGGAGAUACAAAUUCUCUCAACUGAAAGGCUCCUCUGAUGAUGGGAAAACAAGGGUGAAACUCCUCUUCAAGAAUGCUGAAAACAAACAGAUAGAGAUGAAGGAGCUGGAGUUUGGCAAUCUGACAGCAGUCCUCCAUUGUAUUUCUUCUUUUAUGGCUGCCAAAGUGGCCUCUGUGGACCCUGUCUUUGUCAAGUGUCAAAGCAUCUCUGGAAAGUACAUGAGCUAGACACUUCCUGCUGUUGUCAUUUUAGUCACAUAAGCUAAUCGACUAUUUUAUGCACAUUCAAAUGAUAUGUAUUUCUUGUUCCUGUUAUUUUUGUAAGGCUCUUAUUAAAUAAU